UCGAGCUUGUUGUAUUGUAGUCUGCGAAAAAGGUAACCUAAACGUGGUCGUGUUUUCCGUGUUCCGAUUGUGUUAUUUGUAAAUAUUGGACUUGAUUAGAGAACCGCCAGAGCUAAAGGUGAAAGGGAUCCGAUCUUCUGUCAGGAAACCCAGUCAUUUUGGUGUAUGAGCAGAGAUCUCUGAUUUGAAGUAAAAAAGAUUACAUCCAAGAGAAUCCGAAGGCCAUUUUAGCAGUUAGGGAUCGACCGGCGAUAGUGUCGUGGCUUGGCAUUUAAGGGGAAGCAAUCGAUUACACUUGAUAAGAUAUCCUACUGGAGGACUCUAAGCCUUUCCUUUUCACCAUGAUGAGGUGAACUCGACGCGGAGAUGCAGCUAACGCGCCCUUUCCGCGGCGGCCUCAAGAAGGUCCUGGGCUUGUUCUGUGCGGUGCUGGGGCUCUACUUCCUGGUCAGCUCAUUCGUGGCGCUCAACAGGCAGGACGACCAGGCCAGAAUGGUGGCCGAGGAGAAGUACGUCGUCGGUAGCGACAGGAAAAUGUACGAGUACAACCGGCAGAUGCCGCUCAUCUUCAUUGGGGGAGUCCCCAGGUCGGGCACCACGCUGAUGAGGGCCAUGCUGGACGCCCAUCCUGAUGUCAGAUGCGGCCAAGAGACGCGAGUGAUCCCCCGCCUCCUGCAAAUGCGCUUCCACUGGCUCAAAUCCGAAAAGGAAUCGAUGCGCCUCGAACAAGCCGGCAUCACCAAGUCUGUCUUGGACUCCGCGAUCGCCGCCUUCACCUUAGAAAUCAUAGCCAAGCACGGCCAGCCGGCCGCCAGACUGUGCAACAAAGACCCACUCACCAUCAAGAUGGGCACCUAUGUCAUUGAUCUCUUCCCCAACGCCAAGUUCAUCUUUAUGGUGAGGGACGGAAGGGCCACCGCCCAUUCCAUCAUAUCCAGGAAGGUAACCAUCACCGGUUUCGAUCUGAGUAGCUACAGGCAAUGCCUGAAAAAAUGGAACAGCGCCGUGGAGGCUAUGAAUAAUCAGUGCAGGGAGUUAGGCUCGGGGAAGUGUCUGCGUGUGCCCUACGAGCAGCUGGUGCUUCACCCCAAAGAGUGGAUGCAGAAGGUGCUUAAGUUUCUGGACAUUCCUUGGAACGAUUCGGUGCUGCAUCACGAGGACUUCAUCAACAAUGGGAUCGAACUCAGCAAGGUGGAGCGCUCCUCCGACCAAGUCAUAAAACCCGUCAACCUGGAGGCGCUCACCAAAUGGGUGGGUAACAUCCCCGAGGAGGUGGUGCGCGACAUGGCCGACAUAGCGCCAAUGCUGUCCGUGUUGGGCUACGACCCCUACGCCAACCCACCCAACUACGGCCAGCCGGACGACAACGUGGCCCACAACACCAAGGAGAUUCAGAAGAACAAGGUGGUGUGGGACAAGAAAGCCAAAGAGAUGUUCAGCGUGGGGUGGGACAACGGCGAUGGGGACACGGCUUUAGACAAGGAGCCCAGCGACAGCCCGAACAAUACUACGUGAUAAUACGUGUACACCAUUAGGUGUUUGCAAUUCAACUGUGUGUGGACCAUCGACUCUUACUGAAUCGUUUUAGGUGUUUGUACAUCGGACUGUGCGAUUAGUAUUAUAUCGCGUUAUCCCCUUUGGAGGUUUUUUUUUUGGGAGUAAGUUGGUCGCGCUUGUUCCAAAGCUGUCGGUUAGCUCUGACUUCACAGAGGGAGUGUGCCGUCGACUGGACGUGGCAGUUGAUCAAAUAAUUAUUUAUUUAAUUUAUGUGGUUAAAUACUCGUCGUUAUUUCCUUAUAGAAGUGUCUUUUCGCAGAAGUAAUACGAUUGUUUUUGUAUAUAAAAACCACUUAAUGACAUAGAGGGCGAUGAAGUGAAUUCGGAAAACUUUUGCUAUUAAUUUUCUUCUAGUGUUUUCGAUCUAUUCCCAUUUUUGCAUUCAGUGAAUACUGAGAGUAUUUUCAUCCUUUACUAUCCGAGUUCCGAGUUGAUAGUAUAGGACAAAAACAUAUUCCAUGAGCACUGAACAAAAGUACAAAUGAAUCGAAAACAAGUAAGUGUUUUCAGAAAUUAUUCCAUCAUCUAGUGUGUGCCAGAAGAUGGUUUUGAUAGGGAAAUCGUACUUGAAUUUUCCAGAGGUCCCCUGCAUAGAGUUGAAGCACCACAGUGUCGUUCAUUACUGUUCGUGAUAAGUCGGUAGCAUAUCCCGAAUCCUGGAUUUGUAUAUAUUAAAUUAUAUGUUGGAACAAGCGCGACAUGGGAUAUAUUUACUUUAAUUUAAUGGGCCAGUUUGACUAAAUAGGAUAACGUUAUUUAUUAUGUUAUGUUACGUCAGUGUAUCACUAUUUUAUCGAUAUGAAUGGAUGUUUACAUUUGUUAUAAUGAUUUAAAGAUUGAUUUAUGGAUAUUUGUUGUAUUUUAUUCAUAGGGUUUUUAAUAAAAA